CCCGGUUUAACCCUUCAUGACUCUCACUCCCUACAGACAACAAAACGCUGGACAUCCUGAAGCUGCCUCCCUGCUGCACUGAGAGGAAUGGCUAAUCCGGGGAAAGGCAAAGAAACUUUAUCCAAGUGCAUAGCUUUCACCUUUCAGAAUGAACAUAUCACCCAAGAGUCCAUGGACAGCUCAGAUGAUGAGUUUUUUGAUGCUCCAGAGAGCCAUAAUGGUAAGCACAGUUGUUUCCAGCAUAGCGGCAUCGAAGGCCUGGAUUACAGUACGACAAAGUGCAAGAUUCAGGUGCUAAUAUUGGUGGUGCAUGGAGGAAACAUUCUAGACCCAGCCAGUGGUGACCUGCAGGCAAAGGAGGCAGACGUGGCCACUUUGUCUUCAGUGCUGGAGAAAGUGGUACAGGCACACUUUAAAACUGCCACACACCAGAUACUAAUCAAGCUGGUGCCCUGUCCUGCUGUAUGUGCAGAGGCCUUUUCCCUGGUUUCCAAUUUGAACCCUUAUAGCCACGAUAAGAGCUGUGUGUCGAGCAGUGUAGACCACCUUCCACUAUCAGCACUCCCUCUUCUUGCUGUUGCAUCACCACAUUACAAGGAGUCUGUGGCAAGUGUCAUCUCCCGAGCCAAUGAGGUCUACCGCAUCUUCUUACAGUCUCCUGAUGGACAUGGCUUCAGUGGUCAGGUGUGUAUGUUGGGUGACUGUGUGGGUGGCGUGCUAUGUUUUGAUGCACUGUGUUUCAGCAACAGUCCGCAACAUGACAAGCCAAGACAUAGAGGGAGACACAACAGUUUGGAGAGCCUAAGGGAUAACCCUGGACUUCUGACCGAGGAAGACUGUGGCUUGAGCUCCAGCAAGCGCCAAAGCAAAAGCAACAAUGACAUUUCUUGUGCCACUGAUAGUCAGCAUCCAUUUCGCAGCAGUCAGGUCCAGGAUAAAACAGACUUAAACUCAAGAGGAAUCAAUCCAAAGUGGAAUCCAGGUCAUUUUGACUUUGAGGUGUCGGAAUGUUUCCUGCUAGGCUGUCCACUUGGACUAGUGUUAGCCCUGAGACGCACUGUUCUUCCUUCAAUCAAAGUGACUCAGCUUCACCCGGCCUGCUCGCAGAUCUUCAACCUGUUUUACCACUCUGACCCAUCCGCCUCCAGACUGGAGCCCCUCCUGCAUUCUUGCUUUCACCAGUUGCCUCCAUUCCCUGUUUCACGAUACCAGCGCUACCCGCUAGGCAACGGAUGCUCAACCCUCAUUGUUGAUGAGAUGCAUAGUCACCCUGAUGUGUUCAUGGAUGAAGACUCUGCUCCAGGUAGUGCUGCAUUCACCUCCUGUGAGGAUGAAGCAGAGAAAGCAAUGAAGCAGGGGGUGGAUGUUGACAGCAAGCCCUCCGGCUGCAGGGAGAACAAGCUAAGCCUCACUAUCGCCAACAUCUCCAGUAACUGGUGGGGCUCUAAACGGCUGGACUAUGCUCUUUAUUGUCCUGAUGUAUUGACUGCAUUCCCCACUGUGGCUCUGCCUCAACUCUUCCAUGCCUCUUACUGGGAGUCUACUGAUGUGGUGGCCUUUCUGCUCAGACAGGUGAUGCAGUGUGACUAUGUGAAGGCUCAGGAGGCAGACAGCUUAGACCUCACCUGCUUUUCCCCUUCCAGCCCCAGAGAGAAAUGGCUACGAAGAUGUACACAUGUUAAGUUAAGGAACAUCACUGCCAACCACAGAGUGAAUGAUAUCAUUGCGACAGAGGAAGGACCACAGACUCUGGUUGGUCGCUUUAUGUACGGUCCUUUGGACAUGGUCUCUCUGACAGGGGAGAAGGUGGAUGUGUAUGUGAUGACUGAACCACAUUCAGGACAUUGGGUGCACUUUGACACCAAAAUCACCAGCAGCAGUGGCAGAGUGUCUUACACAAUCCCGGACAGCAAAAAAUUCCCUGUGGGAGUUUAUCCUAUUAAAAUGGUUGUUAGGGGAGACCGGACAAGUGCAGACGCUUUCAUGACUGUGCUACCACAGAGAAUGGAGUGUGUAGUGUUUAGCAUUGACGGGUCUUUUGCUGCUAGCGUCUCCAUCAUGGGCAGUGACCCUAAAAUGCGUGCAGGUGCUGUGGAUGUGGUCAGACACUGGCAGGACCUUGGAUAUCUGAUCAUCUACAUCACUGGGCGUCCAGACAUGCAGAAACAGAGAGUGGUGUCUUGGCUUUCCCAGCACAACUUCCCACAGGGCAUGAUCUUUUUCUCAGAGGGUUUAGUGCAUGACCCACUGCGCCAAAAAUCCAUCUUCCUUAGGAAUCUUAUUCAGGAGUGCCACAUUAAUAUCAAAUUGGCCUACGGCUCCAUGAAGGACAUCUCUGUCUACAGCAUGCUGGGUCUCAGCCCCAACCAGAUAUAUAUAGUGGGCAAACCAUCCAAGAAAUACCAAAACCAAUGCCAGUUUCUAAGUGAGGGUUAUGCCAUGCACCUUUCCUCACUGCAGUUUGGCCACCAGGGCCGAUCCCAGAAGACCUCAUCCAUGCGCAUGCUAAUUCGUAAUAGCUCUUUUGGCCUUUCAACAAAACCAGACUUUAAUCCCAAGCGUACACUCCUUAGACGUACCAUGUCUGUUCAGCAGGCUGAGCUACCCAAGACACUAAUUCCUAAAGCAGAGCGCUCCCAAAGUCAGCCUGAGUCUGAUAAAGACCACAUGUUUGGAGGAGGAAUAGGCCAUAGCAUGUUUCUGCUGGGGAACAUGCACCCAGGCAACACCACCCCCUGACCACAGAGAGAAUAAAGAGAGAAGGAGGGACAAGAGGAGAGAACAAUGUCCAGAGACAGGAUACUGCAUGCUGGAAGAGAUGGACCUACCUGAACCUACUCCCUGAACCUGCUGAGUACAAAAGAAUGGCAAGUUCUUGGAAAAUAUUCAAAUGCUAAGAGGAACAGAAAUACCUGCAUCCGGUUUUCUCGCAAAGUAGAGAUCAGCAACAGAUCCUGGACUGUAGGGCACAUUCCAGUCCUGGACUGAUAGCUGCAGAUCCUCUGUGUAGCUGUGGUGCCUCUGUGUAGCUGCAGAACCAUCGGAGGCCCAAGCCUACGCGACAGGAUUUUUAUGAUAAAGUUGCAGAGACUGUCUCUACACCGUCCUUAUCCAGAGUAUGCAGACACCACUUUCAAUUUCAUCUCCUUCUUCUUCCUUACAGCACUGUGUCCAAUACAAACUCUUUUUUUUCUUUUUUCCUUUUCCUUUUUUUUUAUCCUAAAUAACAUUUUUUAUUUCAGAAAAUAUCAUUUUGUACAGUAUAUUAUAUAUAUUUACAUAAACAUAUGUUUUUCUGUAUGCUUGCAUUGUUAUGUGAUUUUGUAUGAUUUGUUGACCUGUUACUAGACAUGUUACUAGUUUCUGCACAUGUAUCAUCAUUCAGAUUUAUUUUACAUUUAUUUUUUUAAACCAAGGAUUUCAUAGUAGUGGUGACAGCUUUGUUAUUUCAAAAGUCCCUUUACAAACAAAACUAUUAAAUAUAUUUAUUUGCACAUAGAAUAACCCUUAUUUAUAACUGUAAUUAAUAUUACCAGACAACCUGGUGAUAUUCACUUUAAUGUGUAAAUUGAGAGAUUUCACUCCAGUAGUAUCACACACCUUUCAAUACCAUUUAAUGUAAAGGCAGAAUAAGAGUUAAACUAAUUAAAUUAGUUCCUACUCAAUAAUCAUUCAUUUAUUCUUUCAUUCGUCAGUAAUUACUUUAUCUGGGUCAUGGAGCAUAGACACUGAUGCAUCUCAGGCAGGUAUAAUCAAUGUUAGCCAUCUUGCUUCUGUGUGGAAGCUCUUACAAGAAUCUCAGUGCAGAUCACAAAAAGGAAGUGUUUAAUCAUUGGAUGUCCUGACUGACACUACAAUCUUUAUGGCUCCAGGGCUAUUUGUAAUGCAGCUCGAUGAGAAUGUGUUGCAAGAAUUUCCGCAAUUGAUGAGUUUUCAGACACAACUGGUUCAUGGUUCUACUGUAUAUUGUUAAGGGCUUGCAAUAAUAAGAGACCUGCUGAACCUCAUAUCUUUGGUUGCUUGUGAGAAUUGAAAAAUGUUUCUAUAUCUAGUAUUUAAAGAAAGUUUACACCCCGAUCUUUUACAAAAUCACAUAGUUGAAUGUGAUUGUAAUAAAAUACCUGAUGGUACAGUCAUAAAUUCAGAAUUUACUGAUUUGUCCACUGUGAUUUUGCAUGUACAAAUAUUGGUUAUAAAAUGUUUAGUGUUUGACCCUUUGAGCCUCAAUUUUGCAUCAGUAACUAGAGAUUUACUGCAGAUUUUUUUUAACCAUGUGAUGAUGUUAAAAUGUUAUAAAGGGCCCUAGCUCCAAUAUCAUUUUUUUUAGCCGAGUCAGAUUAUUUCAAAUCCAAUUAUUAAUUAUUUGUCUUAUUUCUAAUAUUUUUUAUUCAAAGUAUGCCAGCAAUAGAUUUUUAUAGUUAUUUAUAAUAUAUAGUGUCAUUACAUACUAUAAGUUUGUGCUUACUACAUAUUUGACUGAAGUGCUGAAUCUAAAAAUGCCUUGCUGCCAAUGAAAAUCAAAUGAAAAUGAAAAUAGUAGAUGCACCGUUUUCAUAUUUGCUUGUAUAAACACUCAUUUUGUCUGCAUUCCGUAUCGUCAAAGCUAAUACCAAAAACAUUCAUAAACAAUAAUGUUAUGAAAAUUGCUUGAAUUCAUUUUAAGGAUCUUUUACAUUCCUAAAUAUGGUUGUAGUUUUUUUUUCUUUUUUUUCCCCUGGAAUUUCUGUCAAGUAAUAUUUUAUACAAUGUACAAAAUAUUGUCUUUUAAACACGUGUUGAAGUUUCAAUUUAUCAAUCAUCUAAGAGAGGAUAGAAAAAUAAACCUGAUCUUUUUAUCAUA